AUGACGACGACGGGGGCGACUACAUUUGCACCGGCAUCAGAAGACCUAACCAUCGUAGAUAAUAAGCUGUUUAAGGCUAUAUGUUUACAUCAAAUACUUGAUCCGACCAAAGGUCGUAACCGAUAUUACAGGUCAGCGCUCCUGGCGGUCAUGUGGUUGUCGUUGAGCAUGCAGAUAACGCAGUUGGUCGGCCUUUACUUUGCGGUCAACGACCUGCAGCGGUUCGCGUUCACUACCACGACGGUGACUAACGCCUUUCAGUGCCUGUCCAAAGGAUACAUAAUAAUGACGCACGCGGACAGGCUGAGGGCCAGCCUGGAGACGGCUCGCUAUGAUUUCACGUCGUGCGGCGCCCGAGACCAGCGCAUAGUGCGCCGGUCACGGAACGUGUUGUCCACGGUUCUCCGCACGUUUAUCGUGCUCAGUUGGGUCACGUGUUUCAUCUGGGCUUUGACGCCACUGUUCGGGAUGGACGAAUACCUUCAAGUGACUAAUGCCGACGGUACCUUCACCCGUUACCGGGUUACCAUCUACAACGUGUGGUUACCGGUGCCGGCAACCGUGUACAACGCGACGGCCGUCUGGGCGCUCGUCUACUCAGCCGAGGUGAUAGUGUGUUUCGUCAACGUGUUUAGUUGGUUGCUGUUUGACAGCUACGUGGUGACAAUGUGUUUCACGUUCAACGCCCAGUUUCGCACUGUGUCGGCCAGUUGUGCGACCAUCGGCCACGGCGAUUGCUCCGGAUCGCCGUCACCGCACGCCACGGGUACUCAUAACAUCAUACGUGAUGAUAAUAAUAUAUUAAACUGUUAUGACGAACUAAUCAACCACAUAAAGGAUAACCAAAGUAUAAUAAAGAAAUGUGAUGAUUUUUUUGAAAUUAUUAAACCUGCAAUUUUAUUCCAAAUAAUCGGUGGUUCGUAUUCCGUAAUAACAUUAAUAUUUCUCACUUUACUGACGUAUCUUAUGGGUUUUUCAAUUAUAUCCAUACCAGUUUUAAAAGUAUUUUUUGGUUUUUUAUCGGUGACUUUUGAACUAUUUAUGUAUUGUUACGUAUUCAACCACAUAGAAACAGAGAAAUGUAAGAUGAAUUUUGGAAUGUAUAGUUGUAAUUGGACUGCGAUGGAUUUAAAAUUUAAAAAGACAUUGUUGUUUGCCAUGAACAAUAAUUCAGCUCACAGACGAGUGAUGAAAGUGACUCCAAAGUCUAUCAUUAAUCUAGAAAUGUUCUCAAAUGUGAUGAACAUGUCAUACUCAAUAGUGUCUGUACUAUUAAAUUCAAGAGUCCAAAAAUGAAAUUAACUAAUUUAUGGAUUCAAUUAAUGACAGCGAGUAAAAUAUUAGAUAAUAUAAGUUCAAUCACAUUGUAUGUUUAAAAUUUGAACAUUAAAUUAUUUAUAUACUUAGUGCCUACUGUAAUCGAGGGUGUCUGAGCUGGAGCGUUUUUAAUAAA